UUUAACAGCUUUGCUGAUCUUGCAUGUGUCACAGCAGAUAACAGCAGGGAUGUAGAAGAAACAGGGGUGUAAUGUUAAAGUUCCCUUACUUAUAAUUUGUUCGCGCAUUUCUUUGCAGGCUGUUAAUUGUUUAAUUCUGCAUUUAAAAGUGUAAAGUUCUUAUAAAUUAACAAGGGCAUGUACGAUGAUUGACGCUCAUUUAUUUCAACCUGCAAAUGCGUGCAAGUUUGAUCCGGUCAUUUUAUUUUAACACUACACCCCUGGAUGACAGUGAAGGUGUUUGUGGCGCAAAGAGUUUCGUUGUUAUUCAUAAAGACAAGCCCUGUAUUCGGAAACAUAACAAUGAAAAUAUACCAGCGUGAACUGCUGAGGUGUAUGCACAUACUGUUCUGCCUCGUCAUACUGGUAUUACGGGCCGGGUUAUUGUACUUGGCUGUCUCAAUCAGAGAACGACUGUUCAACUUCAACGCCUUCCUGUAUGACUACGUCACGGUGCUGGUUUUCUACCUGAUCACAAGCUCCUCCGUCUUCAUCGUCGUCUCCGCGGUUGGGAUCUGCGCCGCUGUAACCUUCAGGAGACGGUUCUUCGUCGCUUACAGCGCAAUAUUGGCAGUUCUGUACUUGGCAGAAAUUGUUCUAUUCGGAAUCGCUUUCAACGGGUGGCUGAAUUUCAACGCGACAGUCGAAGAAGCUAUGGAUUACCACAUCAGCAAUUACAGAAAUGAUUCACGUGACAUAGACUACGUCCAGGAAGAGCUGAGGUGUUGUGGCAAACACAGAGAGGAUGAAUGGUUCGACACAUUGGCCUACAUUCCGGUGUCAUGCUGUCCGUCGAGACCCCCAACCGACACACAAGACUUCUGUUCCUUGCUGCCACCAGACAUCAGCUUCAUAAUCCACAACACAGGCUGCCUGAAACGACUUCAAGAGAUGCCGCUCACAGGAAUCAAAAUAAUAACGUCAAUACUAAUCGGCGUUUGUGCAGUCGAGGUGCUAAGUUUCUGUGCGUCGACCUACGCAAUACGAGAAAUAGGGACGGUUGUAUCAACCAAGAAUGUGAACAUCACAAGGGAAUACGAACUAACAAAGAAAUCAGAGAAAAAUAUAAACAUCUAUAACGAAAAGCAGAACAAUACAAGAAAAGCAGAAGUUUUGUUUCAAUGCAAUGCGAGGAAAGGCGUUCAUUACGUGCACAAAAAUGUGAAUCAACUGACAGACUCUGGUCCUAAUGUGAAACAUACAAAAUGAGUAAAUUUGAUCUUGAAGCUUGUGAAUUGAUAGUCCUUCAGCUGAUCAAGAAGUACCCCGCUGUUAUAAAAUAUGAAGACACAUUACCAUGUUCACAAGAACACCUCCUAAAAAAUGUAUAUGAAGAUUUAAUUAAUGAAAGAGACAUUUUAAUAAACUAAAUAAUUUGUAGUGUUCAUAAUGACGAACACAACUGACUACGGUGGGCAACUGACUGGCAAGAAAGACAUACCAGAAUAAAUAUAUUUAUUGUUAUGACGUUAUUUUUCCAAUUGUUCUUGCAGCAAAGAAAACAAUGAAAGAAUUUAACAAUAAAUAAACGGGAAAAAAAAGAUGUUGGUGUGAUUUCUAUUGGUCGGGUCCGCCCAUGUCGACUGCGAGCGCAAUGCUGAAGAAGCACGUUCAACAUAGAACGCAGUGCGGACGCACAUUCAACGUAGGACACAGUGCGCAUCAAGUCCCGCCUCAAACCAUCCUCAACACCUAGCCUCCAAGUAACUGGAUUAAAGGAGUACGCCACCACUCCCGGCGUAAAACAGCUCUUCGGAACUUGAUGUUAUUGUAAGUGCGAUGUUUGCGACGGUGUCUAAGAGAUGGCACUAGUUGCUGCUUCCCGCUAUUAUCGAUUCGGUACGCCUGAACGUACUGCAGAAGUGAUUUGACGACGUUGCUGUGGCCUGUUAUAAUUAUCUUCAUAUUCAUGGAAUGAAUUCCUCAUUCGGCAAAUUUCAUUUCCUGAAUUUACAGUCCUUCAAUAUUCUUGGCUUCCUCACUUUCUGCACUCAUCAUUACGUUCAUGACGCAGAUAGCAAGCACAUCUGAAACGUCUGUAGACUUCUACCAGACGGCACAACCCAUAAGGCAACUAUCUUUCCGUUUUAUCAGGUAUAAAGCUCAUAAUGGAAACCAUAAUCAUAGUACGAGACCUUAA